AUGGAGAACUUUGUCGCCACGUAUGUAUUAACGUCGUUUUGUUUUUUAAUUUUAAAUGCAGAAACGACGGUUCCAUGGUAUGAAGAUUUACCAGCGGUUGCUAUGGACUAUAAAGUUCACAUAGAUGCGGGAAAAGAAGAUUGUUACUUUCAAUAUGUCAAUCCAGGAGCGACUUUUUAUGUUAGCUUUCAGGUUUUAAGGGGAGGUGAUGGAAUGGCUGGAUUUGCAGUACAUCAUCCAUCAGGUGCAAUAGUUCAUCCUUAUCAAUGGAAACCUCAUUCGGAAUACCAAGAUGAUCAUUCAACCGGCGGAUAUUAUUCAGUUUGUGUCCACAAUCAGUUUUCAAGAUUUGCAGCUAAGUUAGUUAAUCUGUAUCUGACAGUGGUUACACCUGAAACAUUAGAUCAAUUUACUAAAGAAUUAGAAGAAUUAGAUCUCACUGUGGCAAACUUUACGGAAUCCAUAACUAAAGUUCAACAAAAUAUUAAUGAAAUUCUGCAACAGCAACAUUUUACAAGAGGAAGAGAAUCGAGGGAUUAUAAUAUAUUAUUAGAUAAUAAAUCAUAUGUUCAAAACUGGUCAAUUGUGCAAAUUUUUGUUAUUAUUAUAGCAACAUUCACUCAAGUUUAUUUUGUACGUAAACUAUUCGAUGUUAAAUCAAGAUCCAGAGCUUGA